UAAACUAACAAUCGCAUGAUGUUAGUUAGCAAGACGCAUGCUGAGACAACUUUUUUAGAUUUGUCGAAUGGGUGCGGCCUUGGGCCCAGGGACAGUUGUUGGGUGGCUCGAGAUUUAUUGUCAAAUUGGUCGUCUGUUCGGGGAGCCUUGUAUUUUCCUUCUUUCCGAAUAGUUCCAUCCCGAAGCUCGUUUCAACACCCGAAUUGCCCAACGGCCUGGAUUCCGAAACGGAAGGCAGCACCCGCGGCAACUUCUUAAUUAACUCUCAUCUCGGCACCGCACUGCCCUUACUUUCCCAAGGUGGAUUGAGCAAUGCCAUCAGGCGGCCCGGCUGGGACGAGUCGGAAUCAACAAAAGCAGAGCAUGAGAGAAAGUGGCGAGGACUCGGAGGACGAGAGCGAAAUUUUAGAGGAGUCACCUUGCGGACGAUGGCUGAAACGGAGAGAGGAAGUGGACCAGAGGGACGUGCCGGGCAUAGACUGUGCCUUUCUGGCCAUGGACACGGAGGAAGGAGUCGAGGUGGUGUGGAACGAGGUGCAGUUCUCGGAGCGGAAAAACUUCAAGAUGCAAGAGGACAGCAUCCACAUGGUGUUUGAGAGCCUGACCCAGCUGGAACACGUGAACAUUGUCAAAUUCCACCGCUACUGGACGGACACGCACAACGACAAGCCGCGGGUCAUUUUCAUCACCGAGUACAUGAGCAGUGGCUCGCUGAAGCAUUUCCUCAAGCGGACAAAGCGCAACCUCAAGAAACUGCCCUUCCAGUCGUGGAAACGGUGGUGCUCGCAAAUCCUAUCGGCGCUUAGUUAUUUGCACGCGUGUACGCCGCCCAUUGUGCACGGCAACCUCACCUGCGACACUAUUUUCAUCCAGCACAAUGGACUGGUAAAAAUUGGUUCUGUGGCGCCGGACGCCAUCAACCACCAUGUGAAAACUUGCCAGGGCAUGGCGCGGAACGCGCACUACCUCGCUCCCGAGUAUGGCACAAACGCGCCCAUAACGCCGGCCGCGGACAUUUACGCGUUCGGCAUGUGCGCCCUUGAGAUGGCCGUGCUGGAAAUAGCAGGCGAGCAGUCGGGCCCCAUCACGCCCGACCAGAUCGAGCGUGCCAUCGAUAGUCUGGAGGGCGAGUUGCAGAAGGACCUCAUCAGACAGUGUCUGCAUGCAGAGCCGGCCAAGCGACCUACCGCCCGCCAACUUCUGCUCCACCCCCUGCUCUUCGAUGUGCACCCGCUCAAGUUGCUCGCGGCCCACUCGGUUGCCAAACACUCGGACGGCCUCCCCGAAGGCCACGAACGUCCUCCUACGUCAGUUUUUGCUGUGUGCAACGGUCGCAAAAUCCUUUAUCAGGAGCUGGAGCACACGGAACGGCUAGGCAAGUACCUCGAGGACGUGAAGUACGGGAUCUACCCACUGACGGCGUACGCGCCGCCACGGACGCGGGCGACGUCGCCCGAGGUGACCGCUGAGUCGGUCAAGUCGCUGAGCCCGGAGCCGGUGGACGUGGAAACGCGGCGAGUCGUCACGAUGAUGUGCUCAGUGAAACGCCGCGACGAGGCUGUGAUGUCGAACGACCUGCAGGUGACCCUGCUGCUGCGCAUGGACGACAAGAUGAACCGGCAGUUGACGUGUCCCGUGGUAUCUGGUGACUCUGCGAGCGCGCUGGCCCAGGAACUGGUGCACUUUGGGUUUGUCAGCGAACUGGACCGCGUGUCUGUGGAGGAGCUGCUGGUCGAGCAGCUGCGCAAUCACGUGCACCUUCAAGGCAAAUGACCCGACUUGAAUUUACGCGUUGAAUCAAAAAGCCAAACGACUGACUCUGAGCUCCGGCCCCGCGCCGCCUUCCACAAGGACUCGCAGCAAAGAGAGAGACAGAAAGAAAUUGGAUAUUAGCAAUAUAUCUAUUACGGAUAUGUCUAUUUUCAAGAUUAUAAUUUAUGUUGCUUACAUGUUUUUAUGAUAAAGAGAAAGUGCUUUGCAAAAUAAGUAUUUUUUGCACACAGCCUUAUUAUUUGUACACUUGGUAUGAUAAAUAUUAUUAUAUAUAUGAUACAAUAUAUAUAUAAAUAUAUUCCUCGCGUAAGAAGGAAAAGGUUUUCCUCCCGAAUCUUCUCUGAUGGCCGCAAUUCGCUUGCGUAAUUUUAUUAACUCGUCACACACACACACCUUCUCUUGUAUUGUAAGAAAGGGAAUCUUUUUUGUUUUCUUUUGAUUACACGAACACACACACACACCGCUAUAAAGCUUUUAAUUGUGAAAAUCGGUACAGACCCGGACGGUAAUCAGAAGGCAAGUGGGCACUUUCUCUCUGCGCGCGUCAUGGAGAACUGCAUUUAUUUUGUACCGUCUCGAUCCUCAGAAAUCUCCCUCACUUGCCAACGCAAUGGAUUGUCACUCUCUCUGUGGUUCAACUCCGGAUGCUACAACACACACGCUACUUGGUGAUGAAUUCUCAAAAAUAAACUGAGCUAUGAUGCUUACAAAACAAACGAAAACGCAUUUUGGUCCACACCUCCAUCGACUCUUUUAUCGCAAAAACGACGCGUUUUCCAUCUUGUGUAUCAUGCUUCUUUUAUUUGCUCUGUAUUAGGAACUGUUUCCAAUAAAACCAGAUACGAAAUUUUCA